CGAGUCUGUCACCCUCAGUCUUUCCGACUCGAACGGCCGAGAUUCCGAAGUCCUCACUCCUGUCCGGAUGCACUCGCGCCUUUUGGCAUGUCUUGGAACGAUUCCACGAAGCAUCCUGUGCUACCGACGCUGGAGCAACAGCACGCGGCACAUGUAGAUGGAUCUCACUCAAGGAGUCGGAGUCAAAACGGCAGACCUCACCUCAGGUCUCUGGAUGAUCCGCAUGUUUCCCAGGUUGUUCCAAACCGAACUUUCGGAUUCCGGGAUCAGUGCCUGGAAUGGUGGAAUGGUUGCAAAUUCUCUAUUCGCGGUUUUGUAGAGUUUUGGGACCUUUCACUCCUAUAUCGUUAUAUCGU